CGCCGCUUCCAUUUUUAUGACCUUCCUUUUGGAGCUUUAGCGCGGUUUCCGGUUUCAUGCGUGCUCUGCUUUCCCUUCUUUCCUGUUCUGGUUUAACAUUCGUUGUGGGAAGAACGCCCUCUGUUCUUCAUCUUUAUAGUUUCCUCGUCUCUCUCUCUCUCUCUCUCUCUCUGUUCUUAUCUUUGAUUGUUGGUGCGUCGAAUCUUCUUGCAGUUGUUGCGUUCGCCCAUUUUGUUCAGCUUCUUCGCCGGUUCAACCAUAACGUUCUUGCUCUUUCAUUCAGUGCCUUCAUUACUGCUCUCUCUCUCUCUCUCUCUCUCUCUAACAACCUCAAAUACAGAAACCUAGGGGGAUACACACACAAGAGUUUAACGUUUUACGCAACCCCCACAUUUCUCGAUUUCGUUUCUUCUGUUUUUUUCGUUUGCUUGAGUUGUUCCGGAAUUGCUUCUUCAUCAUCAUCAUCACAUUUUUCCUGUGAGUCAUUUGCCAGUGAUUCGUCCUCUCUCUCUCUUUUAUUUUCGUGAUAUAUCGAUUCGCAGAUUAGUUUCCUCUGUUUCUGUUACAUAUAUUCCUUCCAUAGAGUUGGGAUCUUUCUCUCUUAUGCAUCCACGAUCUCACUUUACGUGCGUGUGAAUCGCGCACUUUUGGCCUAUAUUCCAAAACCCACCUCGCAGAAAGCCGUUUUUUCCUCCCCCCUUUCUCUUUCUUAAGUGACCCUGUCAACAGAGAGGACCUUGUCUUUCGCCUUUUCCGUUCCCUCCACUCUCUUUCCGAGCAAAUUCCUGCAUCUCCCGGGAAAAUUUACGGCGGGGAAGAUGGAAAAAAUCGAUCUUUUCAAGUGGGUCUUGUGCGGUAGCGUUCUUCUCUUUGGGUUCAGUUGCGAGUAUGUCGAUGGGCUCGGCGUGAAUUGGGGGACGAUGGCGACCCACAAGUUGCCCCCCAAGACGGUGGUGCAGAUGUUGAAGGACAAUGGGAUUCAAAAGGUGAAGCUUUUCGACGCUGAUCGAUCCACAAUGAGCGCCCUUGCCGGGAGCGGGAUCGAAGUCAUGAUCGCGAUUCCGAACGGUGAGCUCGCUGCCAUGAACAGCUACGAUCGAGCCCAAGAGUGGGUGAAGAAAAAUGUCACCACCUAUAACUUCACCGGAGGAGUCGAUGUCAAAUAUGUUGCUGUUGGAAAUGAGCCUUUCCUCAAAUCCUACAAUGGCUCGUUUUUGAAUGUCACCUUUCCGGCCCUUCAGAACAUUCAAAAUGCCCUCAAUGAAGCCGGGUUGGGAGACACCGUGAAGGCGACAGUUCCUCUAAAUGCUGAUGUAUACGAGUCGCCAGAAGACAACCCAGUUCCAUCUGCUGGAAAGUUCCGAACUGACAUAAGUGAAGGCAUGACCAAAAUUGUGAAGUUCAUGGUCAAGAACGACGCUCCCUUCACCGUGAACAUUUACCCAUUUCUGAGUCUUUACGGCAAUAAAGACUUCCCAUUCAAUUAUGCUUUCUUUGAUGGCGCAACUCCGAUCGUCGACCAUGGGAUUCAGUACACCAAUGUCUUUGAUGCCAACUACGACACUUUGGUGUCGGCUCUUAAAGCGAUCGGAUACGGGAACAUGACCAUCGUGAUAGGGGAGGUGGGUUGGCCCACAGAAGGCGACAUAAAUGCAAACAACGGUAAUGCGUACAGGUUUUAUAAUGGGCUCUUAUCAAGACUUGCAGCGAAUACGGGGACUCCACUUCGGCCAGGUUAUAUGGAAAUGUAUUUGUUCGGUCUUAUCGACGAGGACGUCAAGAGCAUUGCACCGGGCAAUUUUGAGCGUCAUUGGGGGCUUUUCAGAUACGAUGGACAGCCUAAAUUUGCGAUCGAUCUCUCUGGUCGGGGUCAAAAUAAGUUGUUAAUUCCUGCGCAGAACGUGGAAUAUCAGUCUCGGAAGUGGUGCAUGUUUAAUCCGAAUGCCAAGGACCUGAGCAAACUAGCAGAUAACAUAAACUACGCUUGCACAUAUGCAGACUGCACAACUCUCGGAUACGGGUCCUCCUGUAACACUUUGGAUGCAAAUGGGAACGCUUCAUAUGCGUUCAACGUGUAUUUCCAGGUUCAGAAUCAGGAUCCUGAGAGCUGUAAUUUCCAAGGUAUGGCCACGGUUACCACUCAAAAUAUAUCACAAGGGAACUGCAAUUUCACAAUUCAGCUAGUGGCUUCAUCCUCCACUUCUAUAUUGCCUUCACUGAUUGCGUUGACGGCUAUUUUGAUGGCUUAUACCUUUUUGUUACUGUAGUUUUGAUUGUAGAUAUUGGUGUGAUGAUUUAUUUGUUAAAUGUUGUUAAGUCGUCUCUUGUAUCUCCCAUUUGAUUGAUUUGUAGUUUGAGAUCACAAUGUUAACAGAGUUCAUCUUC